AGCACCAUCCGAACAUAUCCGGAAAUGAACGAGCGAACCAAGAGCCAUCUGGUGGUAAUAAAAUGAGAAACAUGGAAGUAGGUGGAUGCGUUUGUGAUUGAAAAGAAAAGAAACAUGACAGACAUCGUCAGCUAGUAAUUAGAGUCAAAUAAAUAGUUAAUUUGGUUUCCAACUAAAAUAUAAAAAUGAAAUGUACAAUAGACUUCAAAGAGUGUUUGAAGGAUUCUCCCAAAUUCCGUGCUUCGUUGGAGGAAUCUGAGCAAGAUGUUGACAAUUUGGAAUGUCGGUUGGAACGGCUUGUGAAGCUGUGUACAGCCAUGAUAGACACUGGAAAAACAUUCAGUACAGCCACUGGGGGAUUUAUAGUGGGUGUGCGAGACCUUGCAUCCUAUUUCCACGACGACAAUCUUACUUCCGACGACAAGAAAGUAGCAUCCAGUCUCAACAGAUUUGCUCACGCCAUGUCAGAGAUGCUGAAAUAUUUCACAAUUUUGAUGGAUCAAGCUCACAGAUCUGUGUGCAAGAAUCUCAACAACUUCAUUAAGAAUGACAUCAAGAAGGUGAAGGAGAUGAAGAAACACUUUGAGAAGAUCAGUGACGACAUGGACGGUGCUCUGAUCCGCAACUCGCAGGCGCCGCGCACCAAGACCCAGGAGUGUGAGGAGGCUCACAACGUGCUCACCGCCAUGAAGUCAUGCUUCGCUCACACCUCGCUUGACUAUGUGUUUCAGCUUAAUGUAUUGCAUUCAAAGAAGAAAUUUGAAGUCUUAGAUACCAUGUUGUCUUUCAUGCAUGCCCAGAACACAUUCUUUCACCAAGGAGAUGAUCUUUUCGUUGACCUUGAACCUUACAUGAAAGACAUAGCCGCUCAGGUGGAAGAAUUAAGUACGAAGGCGAAGGAAGAAAGAAAAGAAAUGGAAGGUCGUCACACUCUCGUGCAACAAAAAGAGUUGUUGGGAUCGGACAGCAGCAAGGUUGAGAAGGAGGGGCCAGACAUUGAAGGAUAUCUCUUUAGACGCACCAGCAACGCUUUCCGCACUUGGGUUCGGCGAUGGUUUAUAGUGGAGAAUCGUCAGCUGACGUACCGGAAGCGUUCCAAGGACUCUCUCACAGUGAUGGAGGACGACUUGAGGCUGUGUUCCGUGAAACCCGUCAUCGAGAUCGACCGGCGGUUCUGCUUCGAGGUCAUGUCGCCCACCAGGAAUCACGUGAUGCAGGCUGACUCGGACGCCGACUGUCAGUUCUGGAUCAGCGCCAUUCAGCAGAGUAUCAACCGGGCUUACCGCGAGACCAUGCACGCACAGGAGUCACUAGAUGAACAAGAGAGCUCCACAUCAAACGGAGGAAAUGCAGACACAGAAAAUGGAAAUCCUAGUCCAGCCCCUCAACCCAAACAGAGCAAGUCUCAGAUACGUUUGACACAGCUGAUGUCAAUACCCGGAAACGAUGUGUGUUGUGACUGCAGAUCUCCACAACCCUGCUGGGCCAGUAUUAACCUCGGUAUUAUCCUCUGUAUAGAGUGCUCAGGUAUUCACAGGAGUUUUGGAGUACAUCUGUCAAAGGUCCGGUCCGUGAUGCUGGACGCGUGGGAGCCCGAACUGGUGAAGGUCAUGGCCGAACUGGGAAACGAUGUCAUCAACAGAGUAUACGAAGCCCAUGUAGACGAAACCAUUGCAACCCGGGCCACACCAGAUUGUAAUCGGUGUGUGCGUGAAGCGUGGAUUCGAGCCAAGUACGUGGACAAGUCGUUUGUGAGUCGCCUGCCCGGACCGAAGAACCAGACCGGAAACAAAAUCCGGAGCUGGAGCGUGCGCAAAAAGACGAAGAAGUCGCUGCAGUCGAUCGUGAAGGAGGACUCGAAAGAGGACGUCAUCUCGCAGUCAGACUCGGACGACGUCACCAGCGGCUUGAUGGAAGCCGUGCUGUCUGUGUCCAGUAUUUGCACCAAAGACUCGGACAGUGGUCUAGGGAGUAGCUCACCGGAUGUCCUCGUGUUCGGGACAGACAUUCAGUCUGUCGCAGAUUUCAACAAAAGUUUAGAUUUUGAGAGUUCUGAAGACUCGUCGACGGAGACCGACGACUGUGAGGACCGGAAGUCGACGACGUCAUGGGAGGACAUGAGUAAACUCGACCCCAACAUGCUGCUGUACAAGGCGACAGAGGCGCGCAAUCUGCCUGUGAUGCUCGAGGCCCUGGCACACGGGGCCGACCCCAACUGGGUCAACAUUGACGACGACAACAAAACACCCAUAAUGAAGGCUGUCGAGACUGGAUCUUUAUCAGCCUGCGAGUUCCUGCUGUUGAACGGAGCAAAGUUAGACAGGACGGACUGUCACAACCGCACUCCUCUACACCACGCUACAAUGCUAGGUCACACUGGUCAGGUUUGUCAGUUUUUAAAACGAGGUGCCAAUCAGAAUGCAAAUGAUGAUGAAGGCAGGGAUCCUUUAAAGAUUGCUGUUGAGUCUGCUAAUGCCGACAUAGUCACACUACUAAGACUGUCAAAACUAAAUGAAGAAAUGAAAGAAGCUGAUGGUUAUUCUGGAAACCCGAGUGAUGAGACAUUUCAAGAUGUCUUCCGUGAUUUCACGAACAUGGCCUCGAACAACCCGGAGAAGUUAAAGCGGAAGUGAUAUUAGUCUUUUAACUUAGUUAACUCAUUUACUGUUCACCAUCUGUGCAUAAAGAGUCAAAGCAUUUUGUGGAGAAAUGUGUUAAUGCUCCACUUCUAGACUGAGAUUAGUUAAUCAUACAAACAUUUGUCUAUGUCAGCUUGUUGUAUCAUCAUAUGGAAUGUGCCAUAAAACCGAACUGUUUCGUUUUCUUGAGAUAGAUGUGGUGUAUUUAACAGGAGCUUGCUUUUCUUAGAAACUGCUGUGCUGUUUUCAGUAGAAACUGUUGUUCUCUUGGGUGUUGUUUUUGAAAUCUGGUGAGUUAUUAAAAUAAAACCUGAAGGCUGACUUCAAUAUUUUACGGUUACACACCACCAUUAAUUACUCCACGCAGGUCAAUACAAUUUCUAUGUCAGAAUAUAUUCUGUGAAAAAAACCCCACUAUCGACAGGGUCAUGUGACUACUAAUUUUAGGGAGUGCUCUCAACUGACAAGUACUGUGUGAAAAAUCAACAUAGGUUGACCACAAACUUUUUCAGUCCACCACACUCAUGUUAGAAAACUGCCUGUGUUGUUGUAUUUAAAUACUACAGAGGUCAACCUACUUGUAAUCAUCAAAGAAAGAUUUCAAAAGGCAUAUUAGAAUUUUGUAGUAUUUUUUUUAUGAGGAACUAUUUCUUAAACUGGACUAUAUUAAGCUGCUACAGCAAGUAACGUAGAAUGAGCUACUCUCGGCAACUAAGUUUCAAAACAUAUAUAGCUCCACUUUUUCCAUUCGGUGGACUGAUAAAAAAAAUGCGCCAAAUUUCCAUCAUUCAGAUUGCUUGAAGUACCUUUCUCCCUUUGACAUUAAUCCUACGGGAUAUUCCAAAUUCCAUACAUGUAGCACCCAAACCUACCCUCCGCCUGCUACCGAUCCUGGUCAAGAGGCUGGUGCUCUCCUGCACGUGCCAGUGCAGGCGGUCCCUUCUCCCACCCACCCCAACCCUUUCCUGUCCUGGAUGGAGGAGCUGACCGAGACCGACACCUGUGCCCAUGACAGGCGUACGCUAAAACAGCUUACUCUGAAUGUGCACGUUAAUCCUUAUACCAUACCAGUAACGUAUUGACACGACAAAUGGUGGUGUGUAGCCUCGGUGAGGUAAAAUGUAGCUGCCGGAAGACUCGCCUGGGGUGCUUGGGUUGUAAAAACGAACCCCAUUAGAAAACCCAUUCUCUGAUUGAGUUUUCACACCACACACGCACACACCCUGCCAUCACAACUAGCACCCCAGACUGAGACAUGCCAUUCUUCAAUACCAUUUUGAUGCUAUCACUUUAAAAAAAUAGAUAAUUUCACCAUUAAUGUACUGGACACUGGAUGCCUUCAUUGAUCAGUGUAACAGGGUAUUAAAAAUAGGGCGGCUUACUUGUUCCGUUGUAUGAAGUCCUAUAAUUAGACAUAACUCUGUUUGUAUUUCGCAUUAGGAAUUGAUGUUUUAAGCCUUGUUAUUUCGGGUGAUUAAACAAUUGCCCCACUUUUGAAGUUGAAUACCAGAAAAACUAUACAAAGCAGAGCAUUAAACGUUUGCACAAAACCAGUUAAUUGUGUUAUGUAUUGAUAGUAAAAAAAAUUUUUUUAUACAUUGAAGAACUGUAUUUCAUUCUGGAGAGAAAAAGAAGAAAAUGGUGGACUAUUUGAAAAUGUGGAGUAAGCCUACGUUGUUAUUGGUGUAGAACGUUUUGACAUUGUCUUUUGUAUCACUCACCAUUUUAAAAGUAACCCAUAUAUCAAAAUGAAACGUUUACUAUCAACACAGCAUACAUAAAAUGUUCUGUAUUACAUUCAUUCAACUUAUUUUUGUGCUUAUAUCCAAUUAAGGUUCAAGCACCCUGUCCUGGGCACACACCUCAGCUAUCUGUCCAGGACAGUGUGUUCAUGGUUAGUGAGAGAGGUCAGCAUGGUGCUCUUUCACCUACCCAUUGUGUCAUUAAAACUCACUCUGGGUGGGAGCCGGUACCGGGCUGCGAACCCUGUACCUAGCAGCCUCAUGUCCAAUGGCUUGACCACAACACCACCGAAUCUGGAUUCUGUAUGGCAUACUUUUUCUUCUAUUCAGUUCCAAAAAGUGGGACAUUUUUAGUUACCGGUAGGUUUUUUUUUAAUCACCUGAUACAAACAGUACAUUUUAAAAAAUGGUUGGAAAUUUUUUUGAAUCGGAGCUAAACAUACUGAGUAUACCAUAUACAUGUAUAUCCAAGUCAGCCGUAACAGCAAACACUUCUUUUUUUUAAUUCACCCAAAAUACUGUGUUGGAGGGUUUUCUGUUUCCUCAUUUUAAAAAGAAAAGAAAAAACAUUUCAGUGUAAAUAAGAAUGUUAAGAUUCAUGUUAAUAAGUAUUCAUAAUUGGAAGAAUUGCCUAUUACAAGCUACUGUCCAGGGCCCCGUUCCACGAAGCGAUCUUAGCGCUAAGAUCACCUUAAGUGCAUAUGUUACCUGUGCAGUUACGGUGAUCUUAGGGCUAAGAUCGCUGCGUGGAAUGGGGCCCUGAUAGUCAUAAUAAAAAUGUCUCAGAAUAUUUAUUGGUCACAUAUAUUUAAUAUUUUUCAGUUAUGUGUGUACAUAUUUUAUACUUAGUGCUUUUUACAUUGUCCUUUUAUUUAUUCUUCGUCAUGCCAUUGCAAAAAUAAUAAAGAGUGAUAACCACAUGAAAUGCUGGAUCUCUUUAUACCAAAGUGGAGCAAUAUUCGGUUCAGGUAGCAUGGUAUGGGUGGCCAUCUUGGAACACAGAUUGUUGUAGACAUUAGCAGUAUUCUGGGACCGAUAGAUAUAUAUAUAUAUAAUAUAUAUAUAUAUAUAUAUAUAUAUAUAUAUAUAUAUAUGAGGUCAUGGUAAGUUAUGUCUGUGGGUCAAUGUAUAUACAUGUACAUGUAUUCUGCAUUCACACAGGCAGUUUAUGACAAACUGAAAUCAGUUCGAUCCCAAUAAACUAUUAACACUAACCGAGUCGAUGUGAACACACUCUGGAUUACCAGUAUGUAUGUGCACCAAUACUGCACUGAAAGUAGUUUGAAACGGUUUUCCCCAAACCAAUUUAGUGCUAAUAAUACUAUAUUAUAGAAUUAUGCAAUUUUAUUUUAUAGGUAGCAGAAAACUUUUCUUCUUACCCCCUCCCUUCCCUUAUAGUCUUUUAUAGAAAAAGCCCUUAGUUUCCAGUUUAUCAGUUUAUUAUCAAAUACAUUUUUACAUUACUGCCCAUCCCUAUAGACAUGCAUUUUAUUUCAUUUGUUAUUUAUCUAGGUACUGGUAGUUUUUGUUUUUGUUUAUUUGUAAAAUAGGUUUCAGUAUUUAAAAAAAAAAAUAUUGUAACAUUUUAAUUUUCUCAUCAUGUAAUAACUUUAUUUAAAUUUCUAAUUGUCAUUUCAUUUAGUAGUAUUAUGUUGGCUAGAUCAAUCAUAUGUCGGUUUAAGAUGCUCAAUAUGUCCCAUUUUGUUUAAUAUUUUUGUUUGUUACAGAUUAUGUUUAUUUUAUAUGUACAUGUAGUUUAAGUUUUGUUUUUUUCAUUGUGAAUAGUUUUUAUUUGUUGAUAAAGGAGUAAGUAUAUCUAUACACAUACUAGGAAAAAGUUGUUGUUAAAAUAGUAAAUAGAUCUACACACACAUACUAGAAAAUUAUGACUGAAUGCUUUGUACUAUGACCACCGGUCUACUGUGUUAUUUCCACAUACAAAUACGUACAAUUCUUACUCACCAGUAAUGCUUAGUGGCAAAGUUGCCAUAUAGUCAUAACAUACACUUAUAUAUAGCUGAAUUGUUUGCCCAGGAUAGUGUGCUUGAUCACUGAUUGAAUAUAAUUAUGAAAUUGAUUUUUAUUAGGUCUGCUGGGUGGUCUUUGUAAGACAGAUCUGCCUGUAAUUUAUAACUAAGGGCUCUACCAAAAAGCAUUACUGAGGAGGUAACGGUAAUCCAUUUAUUUGGUCUUUAUGCAAACAGGAUCUGCCACAGACAGGAUAGCACAUACCACAGCCUUUGCUAUACCAAUCGUAAUGCACUGGCUGGAACGAGAAAUAGCCCAGUGGGCCCACAGACAUUUAGUGAUUUUGUGUUGUGUGAAUUGUGGGUGGGGCAAAUAAUAAAUAAAAUAAAAUAAAUAAAACAACCAAA